GCCGUCUCAUGUUUUAAUGAUAAUAGUGCAUAUAUAAUGAGAUUUUUCUCCACUGUUAGUCAAUUCAUAAUUUCCCAUUCCAGCAACAUGUAUUCCACAACUGUGAAAAUUGUCGUCUGCGUCGUGUUGGUCGGUGUAGCAAUCUCCGAAGAUUGUCAGGUGACUUCCGACUGUAGUCAUGUGACCUGUCCGGAACGUGACUAUGUGCUAACAUGUGAUCAAAGAAUCUGUAGCUGCGUGCAAACCACGCAACAUUCUUGUUUGUCACCGACCGACUGCCAGAACUCAGCUCCCGGAAGUAACAAUUUCUGUGACCGCGACUUCCAUUGUGUAGACGGUACAUGCAGGUGUGGUCACGGGUUUGGGCCUGCACCAGGAGGUGGUGAUCAUCACCCAGGCGGCGGUCCGGGACCAGUCGGCAAAUAAAUCACUAGAAAUAAAUUGCAAUGACGUCAG